UGUUCGUGAACAGAAAAAAUUUCCAAGGAUCGGGCCGGGGAUGUCAAUUCUAGGCUUGAAACUGAAAUUGGGUCGGCCAGCCUGAAGCCCAUGGGCCAACCCUGUUAAGAAAAAAAGUUCCAAAAAUAAACAUUUUGUUGUUGUUUACCUUUUCCUGUCCAGAAGAAAAAAAAAAGAUCUUCUAUUUUUUUGGCUUUCCCUGUUUCUUCUCCUCCAAAUCAGCCACACAGAAAGGGCGACCAAGAGAGAGAGAAUGGCAAUGGUGUCGUGGAACUCGGCAAUUAAUUCUGAGAGACCGGCCCUCCAAGUUUUCUGCAGAAAGAAAGAGAGAAACCGAGACAACUACCACCCCUACAAAGUCAUCGAAAUUACGCCUCCGCCCAAGAGCCUUGGCAUUCGUUGCUUCCCCUCCAACUUGCAGUGUGGAGAGAGUGUAACAAUAGAAGACCAAACCUACACUAUUUCAGCUGUAACUCAUCGGUACCAGCUUCGCAAGGGUCCGCAAGGGGUGGGCCAAGAGGAUUGGUGGUUGUGGCGGCAAUGGGACCGGUGGGGUUGGUGGUGGUUGCAAUGGUGUUUAUGGGUACUGGUGAGAAUGAGGCAGCCAUGGCGGCUGAACUUGAGAAAGAAUGAGGGCAUGCAGUGAGGAAAGACAUCACUUCUAUUAAUUGAGUGCAAAUAACUUUUUAAGGCCCGGUCAC